AUGUCUGAGCCUACUGCCGCCGCUCCGCAGCUCGCAUCCGCCCCCAAGGACGCUGUGCCCGCUCCGACCGACGCGGUCAAGCCUCAGGAGAACGUAGAAGUGAAGGUCAACGGCGCCAACGGCGCCGCUGUAGAGGAGCCUGCCGGCCCCAAGGUUUUCGCCGGCAACCUCGCCUACAUCACCUCUGAGGAAGGUCUACGCGGCUUCUUCAAAGAGUUCGAGGCAGAUAUUCUCCAUGUCAACCUUGUCCACCGUGGCCCUCGCCCGGCCGGUUACGCCUUCGUGACGUUCUCUGCCCUAGAGCGUGCUGAAGUCGCCGUCACGGCUCUCAACGACAAGGAGCUCGACGGCCGCAAAGUUGCCGUCCAGAUCGCCAAGCCCGUAGAGGAAAAAGAGAAAAAGCCCAAGAAGAAGAGGACGAGGGUAGCUCCUAAGCGGGUUGGCGAGGUCACUGAGGAGGAAGCGGAGGGUGAAGGUGCGGCUGAGCCAGCACCUGCCACCCACGCUAGGAUCGACGUGCCAGAAACCGUCGCUGCCGAUGCCAAGGAGGCGCCCAAGAAAAAGAAGCCGGCUCGCAAGCCCAAGCCGGCUCGUCGUGCCAAGGCCAAUGGUGACGCUGCUCCGGGAGAGGCCACCGAGGGCGCAAAGGCCCCAGCUACCAAGGCUGCGCAGCCUGCCCCUGAGAGCGACGAGAAGGCCACCCGUGUCAAGAAGCCUCGUGCUCCUCCCCGCCCUCGUCGUCCUGCUGGAACGGACCCUGUCGGCACCCUUUCGCCCAACAUGCUCUUCGUCGCCAACCUGCCGUUCACGGUGACGGACCAGACGCUCGCGGAGAUGUUUACCUCCGCCGGCAUCAACAUCGUCUCUGCUCGCAUUGUCAGGCGCCGUUGGCCCCCUCGCAGGAGCAAGGGCUACGGCUUCGUUGACGUCGGUGACGAAGCCGCGCAGAAGAAGGGUAUUGAAGCGGUCAAUGGGAAACAGUUCGAGGGGAGGGAAGUCGCCGUCAAGGUGGCUGUGAACACCCAAUUGGAGGAUGCGGAGAAGGAGGAAGCUGCUCAGGAGGGAAGCAGCCCGGAGGCGACUGUGCUGGCUACGUGA